ACCCCACCGCCCCCGUGGAGUCAACACAGCUUGCAAUGCUUCUUCAUAAAUAAAUAUAUAAAUACUAGGUCAUAGAAAGAACAUAACGACGUUAACUCAUAAGAUCAGGCCUCCCCCGCCCCAAGAACCCAAUUCUCGAACACAUUCUCCUCCUCCGAUUCAACGAGAAAGAUUAAGAAUAGUGCCCUAGCAACAUCGAUCACAAUUGCAGAUUGCGGUUGACGAAGGUGUGUGAUGAUUGUGGAGCAAUAAAUUUAGAGGGAUAGAGGAGUUCUGGUAUAUGGUGGAUGGUGUCACACUCACAAUGGGUGUGGCGGGUUCCAAGUUAGAGAAGGCUCUGGGCGACCAUUUUCCGGAGGGCGAGAGGUACUUUGGCUUGGAGAAUUUUGGCAAUACUUGUUAUUGCAACAGCGUACUCCAGGCUCUUUACUUUUGUGUACCAUUUCGUGAGCAACUUGUGGAGUAUUAUUCAAAUAACAAAAGCCAAGGUGAUGGAGAUGAGAAUCUCUUAACCUGUCUCGCAGAACUGUUCACACAGAUAAGUUCCCAGAAGAAAAAAACAGGUGUUAUUGCUCCAAAACGCUUCGUACAAAGACUGAGAAAAGAAAAUGAUGUUUUCAGGGGGUUCAUGCAUCAGGAUGCUCAUGAAUUUCUGAACUUUCUGCUAAAUCACCUUGUUGAUAUACUGGAGAAAGAGUCUCACAAGGCAAAAAAUCAGGCUCUUGCCAAUGGGCCAAGUAAUGGUCAGGUCAAUGGUGUUAAGCAGGAACCAAUGGUUACUUGGGUGCACAAAAAUUUUCAGGGUAUUCUAACAAAUGAGACGAGGUGUUUAAGGUGUGAGACAGUUACUGCAAGGGAUGAGACGUUCCUUGAUUUAAGCCUGGAUAUUGAACAAAACAGUUCAAUUACCAGCUGCCUCAAGAAUUUCAGUUCUACAGAAACCCUGAACGCCGAAGAUAAAUUUUUCUGCGACAAAUGCUGCAGUUUGCAAGAAGCCCAGAAGAGGAUGAAGAUAAAGAAACCACCUCGUAUCCUGGUCAUUCAUCUCAAGCGAUUCAAGUUCAUGGAACAGCUGAACAGACACAAGAAGCUAUCCUAUCGUGUUGUGUUCCCCCUGGAACUGAAACUCAGCAACACUAUGGAGGCAGCCGACUCUGAGUACUCAUUGUUUGCUGUGGUGGUUCAUGUUGGGAGUGGGCCAAAUCAUGGGCAUUAUGUAAGUCUUGUCAAAAGUCAUAAUCAUUGGCUGUUUUUUGAUGAUGAAAAUGUGGAGAUGAUCGAUGAGUCCGCCAUCCAGACAUUUUUUGGAUCUGCUCAAGAAUACUCGAACAACACAGAUCAUGGGUACAUUCUGUUUUACGAAAGCAUCGGUGCUGACAAGUACUGAAUAAAAUAUCACCCAACUGCAGAACUUUUCGUUUACUUGUUGCAAAGUCAUUGCCCGUACAGCAUACUUGGUUUUGGUUCUAAUUUUAUUUUCUCCAUGGUAUGUGUCACCUGCAUGUUCUUGUACAGUAUGGAUUUGACAUUGCUUCAGGUUUAGUUCAGGCAAUAAAAGGAGUGAUCUGAUAAAAUAUUUGAUACCAACUGUUUCUUGGACUUGGAUGUUAUAUGGAUUCCUUGUGCGUGCUCGAUUUGCUCCGUUAUUGUCCGUAAAA